AUGAACAGCAAACUUGCGGCUGUCCUGGCUCUUUUCCUGAUUUCAGUGGCUGUGUCUCAAGGCAGGACCCUGCCAAGGAUGGCAACCGAGCUGCGGUGCCAGUGCAUAGCCACUCAUUCCAAGUUCAUCCCACCUAAAGCCAUUCAAGACGUGAAGCUGACACAGAGUGGCCCCCACUGCAAGAACGUUGAAGUCAUAGCUACUCUGAAGGACGGCAGAGAGGUGUGCUUGGAUCCCACUGCUCCCUGGGUCCAGCGGAUUGUAAAUGCAAUUAUGGCCAAGGCUCAACUCAAUUCUGACUCACCACU